GUCGGUAUAAAGAGACAGAACACAGCCAGGCUUGAUCCUUCUUCUCUGUCCUGCUCACUCAGACCUCACAGGAAAACUUCCAAAUCCCCCGACCCUCCAGCUCCACUUCACUCCCCAAACUUUUCACUACACACACACACACACACACACACACACACACACACCGGUAAGGUUUGCCUACGCUGAGUCACACCAGAGAGGAUGGCUGCAUCCACGUGGAGAAUAAGUGGGCUCUGCAGAAGCAUGGCUGGACUCCUGCUGCUCUGCAUGCUGUUGUUUAGCAGUGGGGUGAUGAGUGAAGAUGAUCCUGCAGUUGUAGAUCAACCAGAUGUACCAACUACCUCCAAUCCCAUGGGAGCAGGAACAGAUGGUCCUGCAGCUACUGGAUCUCCAGCAGCAGAUGUCACUCAGGUCCCUUCAGAUAGCGGAAACUCUGUUGCUCCGUCUGAUGUCCCAAAGAUUUCCAUGACCAUUACAAACAUUCGAGUCAAAACACUGGAAGAGGCUCCUGGAACCACUGCCCCUGCAGUUGCAGACGUGAAAGAGUUAACCCCUGUUGUGCCGAGCGUGAGUUGUGUUGAGAAGAAGGACAUCCCAGAGAAGAGCCACGUCAAGGUUGAAGUAAAAAACUCAGACAAAUGCGAAGAAACAAAAAAAAUUCUUCAAGAGAAUCCUGCAAAGUGGUGCAGCUCUGAACACUGCCAUCUUAAUAUUUUCCAAGAAGGCAACAACGUGUUUGUGGCCAGCAACGAUUCGGCGCCCGGGACUCUGGCUCAAGCACUCAAGAGUGAAAACCUGAAGAAGCUUGGUGUGUCAAAGGUUGAGAACCCGUCAUCAAGCUCAUCUGUAUUUGUGGGAAUUCUGGUUUCUGGUCUUCUUGCUGCCGUUGGGAUCAUUGUGGGCUACUUCAAAUGCCAACAGAGACCGGGCCCAAAAGAGCCAAAGCUGCCGGAGGAGGGCCUUCCAGUGGACCAGGAGAAUCAGGGAAACACCCUAGUGUCCGUGGCCCCCCUCAACCCCCCACCUGAAACCCAGGAGAAGCCUAACAUUAACGGAGAGUCCCCUGAACCAGCCAAGACCCAAACGCCUCCCCCCACCAACGGCCACUCCACUGCCAAGACAGCAGACACAGAGCUGUAAAAUAAUCCCACGGCUACGACAUCCACAGCAGUUCAGGAACUUCCUCUCAUUAACAUGUUCAAACAAACUCAGACAAGCAUGUCCAAACAAAGAAAUUCACAAACCAGUCCUGCUGGGCUGCAGAUGACACUGGGAUUAGGACCCCCCCCCCCCCCCCCCCCCCCCCUCCUACCAGCAGAAAAGGUCCUGUUCUCCUUAGGCUGUGUGCCUCAGCAAACAUCAGGAAAGACUAGUCUGAUAAUGACAAUACUGGCAGAGAAAAAUGAGGCUGAUGAAGACGAAGGCUCAGUUCCCGGGUUGUUGAUGGCAGUCAGGUUUAGAUCAGCUCCUGCUCCCACGGUUGCUCCAGCCUCUGGAGUUUCCCCGCUUCACCCAGUAAACCCCCCGAAACCCCCGAGACAACAUAAACCACAUAAAUAAAAGUGUGUGUGUGUGUGUGUGUGUGUGUGUGUGUGUGUGUGUGUGUGUGUGUGUGUGUGUGUGUGUGCGUGUGUGUGCGUGUGCAUGUGCGUGUGUGUUCUCACAGCCAUAGGGUUCAUAGACUGUACAUAUCAGGACUCACGUCUACGCUUCUCCUGCGUGAUGUCCUGUAAGUGUGAGUACUUGAUAAGGAAUGAGUGUGUGCAUGCGGAGUGUGACUGUGCACGUGACAUUAGCCGUGAAAACUGUACUUUUGUAAAAUAAAAUGAGCUGCGGUGACUGAAGCUUUAAACACAGACCUCUUGUGAGUCUAACAACCCAAGCUCUGUUGCUCACGUGCCUUAUAUUUCAGUUUAAUAACCCAUUUUAAAUAUAUCUUUUGAUACAAAUCAUAACAUGAAGAAAUGUACUCAUGCUUGUGGCAGUUUAUUUGUUUUAUUGGUUUUAUUAUUUGUUUCUAUUUGUUUGCAGACCAUUGGAAGAAAAGGAGUGACUUUAGAAAACUGUAACUAAAAGCAUACUGUGCAUUGGUUUUGUGUCUUUUUUUAUUACAGUCUCCCUCCAGAAUGUGGAAUAACUGCCUUGAUGCACGACACAAAACGUAGCAGAGUCACAAAAAAAGACGUUAAAUUUGUAAAAGUUUACACAUUUGUUGGGUAACGUCACUAAUAUAAUUUAAAAACUCAUCAUUCUGAAUAGUCAGAAUCUGUUUUACCCCCUGACGGAUGAUCCACUUACUAGAGAAAAAUUCUUGUCCCCUUUUAAGGCCUGAAAUGAACAGAAAUAAAUGAGAAAUGAAGAUACUACUAAAUCUAAGCACUAUGGGAUGUUUAAAUAUGUUACCGUAUUGGAACAAAUUAAUAAAAAAAAAUGCCCAAAAAUUUUUGUUUCUGAGCCUUAAAAUGUAACAUGAUUACAUAUUUCUUUGCAAACGGCGGCAUGAAUUUGAUUUGCAUUUGGAAAAAACGGUCCAAAAAGAGUUUUAAACAAUUAGAAAAUCUUGUAAAAGACCAAUAAAAAGGUGGGCUGAAUAGGGAGUUUGAGCCUACUUUACCUCAGUUUAACUGAAAAAAAUAAUAAUAAUAAAAAAUAUAUAUACAUAUAUAUAUAUAUAUAUAUAUAUAUAUAUAUAUAUAUAUAUAUAUAUAAUUUUUUUUCACAUUGUUUAUUUUAGUUUAGAUCAUUUUGUUUCACAGUCAAAAUAUCUAGCAAGUAACAGAGUUGACAAAAGUUUUUUACACUUUUCUUGUGAUUUUGCAAAGUUUUGGAUUUGUGGCCAAGUGCAGCUAUAACACGUUUUCCUGUGGAGCUUCUUUGUCUUUGAUUCUUUAAAACGAACGUUUGACUUUACUCACCUUUAACGUGAAAAAUAAAUAAAUAAACAAGAAAUGACUCAUUUCUUAUAAA